GCUGGGAGUCGGGACACGAGUGCGCCUACAAGAACGCUGACAACAGCCCCUUGGUGCUGCCGGGAGCAUCCAAUAACGUGCAGCCCGUUUCACCCGAGGAGAUGACCGCACGGGGUGCCGUUCCCACCGCCGCCUCCAUCACCUGGCGCGCCACCCCCGCCUGCUCCCAAUCCAAGCCCUCCAAGCUCACCAGCGUCAUGGAUAGCCGCGGCCGGUUGUGGGGCUGGGAGAACAACGCCAGCUGUGCCUUCAAGGACGCGAACGACGCGCCGCUGUACGACUGGACCACCGCGCCGCGCUGCCUGGGCGACGUGAGCGACAGCAGCAGCGUGGACAGCGAGGGGCGGCUGUGGGGCUGGGAGGCGGGCGCCAGCUGCGCCUUCAAGGACCUGAAGCAGCGGCCGCUGCGUACCUGGGGCACUGCGAUAAG